GUCGUUGUUUCCUCGAUUCGAUUUGCCACUUUUUCCCUCCCCUUCUCUUCUUCCACAUUCUUCCUCUCCUUCUCUCUUUCGUCUACCAUUGUAGGUUCUCUGCUCAACAUCUCAUCUCAUUGAAACCGCCGAGUCUGGUGCCGGAUCUGUAGGUUCCGGCGAGGUUUCGGCAGGAAUGGAGGGAAACAGCACCGGAGUUGGCCGCGUUUUCCUGCUCAGCUUCUGCGUCGCUGGAAUUUGGUCAGCUUAUAUAACUCAAGGAGUUCUUCAGGAAACUUUGUCAACCAAGCGGUUUGGACCGGAUGGGAAACGGUUUGAACAUCUUUCAUUUUUGAACCUGGCACAAAAUGUAGUUUGUUUAAUAUGGUCAUUUAUGAUGAUUAAGCUCUGGUCUAGAAGCAGAGCUGGGGGUGCUCCCUGGUGGAGUUAUUGGAGUGCAGGCAUCACAAACACAGUUGGUCCGGCUAUGGGAAUUGAGGCUUUGAAGUACAUUAGUUACCCAGCCCAGGUCCUGGCAAAAUCGUCAAAGAUGAUCCCAGUGAUGCUGAUGGGAGCUCUGGUUUAUGGUAUUAAAUACACAUUUCCGGAGUAUGUAUGCACUUUCCUUGUAGCUGGAGGGGUAUCAGCAUUUGCACUAUCAAAGACUAGUUCAAAGACCAUAAGCAAGCUAGCUCAACCAAAUGCCCCUCUUGGGUAUGGGCUGUGUUUCCUGAACUUAGCUUUUGAUGGGUUCACAAAUGCUACUCAGGACUCCAUAACAGCAAGGUAUCCAAAAACAAGUGCUUGGGAUAUAAUGUUGGGAAUGAAUCUAUGGGGUACUAUUUACAACAUGAUCUAUAUGUUUGGUUGGCCACAUGGAAAUGGAUUUGAGACAGUCCAGUUCUGCAAGCAGCAUCCGGAGGCAGCAUGGGACAUCUUUCUAUUCUGUCUGUGUGGAGCAGUGGGCCAGAACUUCAUCUUCCUGACUAUAAGCCGCUUUGGCUCACUUGCGAACACCACCAUCACCACUACUCGUAAGUUUGUGAGCAUUGUGGUGUCUUCACUACUGAGUGGCAAUCCCCUGUCAGCAAAACAAUGGGGGAGUGUUUUCAUGGUCUUCUCUGGGUUGUCGUACCAGAUCUACCUCAAGUGGAAGAAGCUGCAGAGACAGCAGAAGAAAAAGGCCACAUAAGGAGCGUAUGUAAUUUUUUUUGAGUAGCAAAAAUUUGUGUAAAAUUGCAUUUUUGACAUGUGAACU